AUGACCUUUCUAGUUCCAAACCGUUGCCCUUUACCCCCUUGUCUGCUAUCUGAGAUUGCCCCGCGGCGCUCGGAACGUACUGUUCACGCGCCAACAGCCUUACCAGAGUUGUUGACGCAAUCGAUAACCUCAACUCACCACGAACAAGGCCCCGCAACUAAGCUAGGAAUGCAAGGGCCCUUCGUGCUGGACAUUCUCAAUACUGCCCCAAUAGGCUACUUGAUCCGGAAUCUGAGUGGCCGAAUGGUAGAGAACAAGGGUCUGCUGAUUGGUCAACUCAGUCAGAAUGAUUUUGAUGAGGUGGUUGACCUGAUAUUGCCUAAGGUUUCGUCUGGAUUUCUGGACAAAGCUAUGGAACAAAGGUUGAAAAGUAUCGGAGACACCGACUUGAGGAACGCUCUAGGCAAGGCAAACAUCAGUAUCAUCUGCCAACGCUGUCAAGAGCCUACUGAUUCCAGUCGAAGAACAGAAGAACGGGGCGAUUGCCAUCGCAUGCGGAGCCAUGGAACGUCGAGGGAAGCUUUGGCUGCUAGUCAUGGCAGCAAAACGCGUUUUAAUCCCCCAUUACAAACCGCGCGAGAGCAGGUAGCCUUGUACAGGUCGAAUGGAAUGCCAAGAACCCGAUUUCAACCCGAUAGCAUCAUGUUGACAAUCCACCAGAAUCUUUUCCACGAUAAUUUUAGCCCAGGCCUACAUGGACGGUCCCCAGCCAAACGUGUACGUUUUUGGUCCGAAUAUUCCUCUUGCGGCCGGGCGACACGUCCGGGUCCCAACAGCCUCGACACUACGGCAGAAGCUAGCGCAAAUCGGGCCGAUGAUGACCUAAAGCCCCCGUUACAUACAGCCAACAGUUUAAUCAUCCUAGCGGACGCGGCAGCGCUUUCCGCGGAGCGCAGCGCUGGACGGAAUCAGAGAGGACUUCUUUGCUCGGACAACCAGCUUUUGGAUGCAUCAGACAACCUCGCAAUGAACAAGAACUUGGGGGCCUCAAACAAGCCCUACAAACAGAGGCCUGGUUGGACUUCUGUCAGCUACGCCAUUGCAGGAAUGGGCGCCGAAGCUCUUCCAGAUUGGAAAGACACAUUACAGAAAAUAAAGAAUGACUGCUACCAGCCGUACCUAGACGAGCAGAAAGAUCAAUUUGGUGGGGAAAAAACGGUUGUCGGGCAUGCGAUCGAUCAAACGGCGAUCUCCGAAAAGCCGCGUGUUCAGUUUCCUCAGUCUCUUUUACAGGCGCAAGAGGCCCCAAGCUUGCAGCCGGCAAAGAUCAACCUUGACCGACACCCACUUGCUAGCCAGCACGUUAUAGUGGGCACCAACACUCGAAAUCACUAG